AUGCAGUUUCAUCUCAUUUUUCUUCUUAUUCUGCCUGUCCUAGUAGUCUCGGAACUUCAUGAUUAUGAAGAUGUUCGAAGAUUGUGUCCAACUGAAUAUCGGGAGCAGUUUGAGAUGAUUGUUGAUGACUUGUCUGUUGCUGAAGAGGAGACUAAUCGAAAGCUUAUUGUAUUGUCAUCGCAUUUUGAGGAGCAGGACAAUUUCCGAAGAAUUCUUUCAAACAAUGCUCGUCGUCUAACUCAGAUUUACGAGGAAUUUGUUGCAGCCACUCAGAGAAUCAAAAAAGCCAAAUAUUCUGCUCAAGCUAUUCUUGCAAACCGAACUCAUACAGCUCAGGAACAAUAUGAACAAGCGAUUCGUCUUGACAAGAGAUAUCCAUUAGAAAUGUCAGUUCUUUUGGAUAUCUGCUCAACAAUGGGAUACCCAACGACAAAGGCAGUUAUCGCAAGUUCAUUGAAGAAUAUUCCAAAAACAAAUCAAUUGGCUGCUGACCUUGAAGAAUACACGACUGAAGCACAAUCAACUGGAUAUUUCAUUGCACAGGGACUUCAUGAUACUCCAUAUGUGAGCAGAAGAUCCCAACAAGAUGCAAGAAAGACAUUUAUGAGAAGAUAUCCAAAAGCAAUGGCUGUUCAUGAUCAUAUAAUUAAAGUUUUGAGUGGGGAAGUGAAGUUCCGAUCAGUUAUUUGAAAAUUGAAAAUCAAAAUAAAAUGUUUAAUGGUUUAUUGAAUAAAGCUGACUAAUGU